AUGACUGCUUCUUCUUAUGCUUGCCCUCGUUCUUCCCUCUUCUCCUUGACUAUGAGAUUAUUCCCGGCUGAUUGGGAAAAGGGGGCAGUUACUCUUGAGCCAAGAAUUGGGCUAUCCGUAGCUAGGACUGGUAGUGAAAUUCAAAGGAUCGCUGCCAAAGGAGGGAUGAUAGCAGCCCGCUGUAAGCCGGAAGUGACCUCGGGAGGACCCGCUUCCAAAGCCCACUAUCCUGACUACCCAAAUGAGAUGAUUGAGGCUGGUCUGCAUCUUGAACUUCUUUGGCUACCGCAUACCCCGACUUCACCGUGUAAUUUCCAUUUUAAGUCAACCCCCAAAUCCAUUCAUCAGCGAGCUACUUUAACUGCCAAAAGAGCGGAGCAACUCGAGUUAGACGAGAGGCGGGGAUGUAAUUUCAAAGAGGCUCGACCGGACCCAAGAACCGGACAGAAGACAGGCCCCACUGUGAUACCUCGUGCAAGUUCUAGUUAA